AUGGAGUUGGACUGGAAUGGUGCAGCCCUAUGUGGCCAAUUUGCACAAGGCCUCCACUGGGAGAAUGCAGCUCUAGUCAUUGACAACACCCUCCAAGAAGAGCACGCCAGCCACCUGCCUAAGGGUAUUAAGUCUGGUAGCUCAUCCACCCCCAACCAGGGGGCAAGUACUGGCCAAUUGGCCACAACAUCAAAGAAACUCUCUGACAACCCCAAUUACUUAUUGGAGGAAGAGCGUAACUGCCACCGUGCUGCUGGCUCCUGCAUCAAAUGCAGCAAAAUGGGGCACAAGUGUUAA